AUUCGGGGAACGGCACGGAGAAGUUGGCCCUCAUCGUGGGUACGGCCGCCUUGGGGACCUUGCUCGUCUUGGCCGUGGGGAUCGUAGCUGUGGUCUGCCUCCGGCGCCAGGGAUCGUCAGCAUCGCGAGAGCAAGAGUAUUCGGACAAGCCCGGACAAUACCUGAUCGGGCACGGUACCAAAGUCUACAUCGACCCUUUCACCUACGAGGACCCCAACGAGGCCGUGCGCGAAUUUGCCAAGGAGAUCGACGUCUCCUACGUGAAGAUCGAGGAAGUCAUCGGGGCAGGUGAAUUCGGGGAGGUCUGCCGCGGUCUCCUGAAAGUGCCGGGCAAGAAGGAGAGUUGCGUGGCCAUCAAGACCCUGAAAGGAGGCUACACGGAGAAGCAGCGGCGGGAAUUCCUGAGCGAGGCCAGCAUCAUGGGCCAGUUUGAGCACCCCAACAUCAUCCGCCUGGACGGGGUCAUCACCAGCAGCGUCCCCGUAAUGAUCAUCACCGAGUUCAUGGAGAACGGCGCCCUCGAUUCUUUCCUGCGGGUAAGGAGAGCGGACAAA